UUAUAUGCAUGUUUCUUUCAGGAGAGUAUUGCAAGAGAAAACCCCUGAUAUGCCACAAUAUACAGGGCAGCCAGAGCUGCAACAGACUAGUUCAUAUUCAGUGGAUGUGACGUACCAUCCAACAAAUGGUCACCCGGACAAUCACUCACCAAACUCAUCUCACCUCUCAGUUCAGAGUGGGGAUGCUGGAACUCUUGUGUCUCGCACCCAGAAACAGCAGACCACACAGCAGGUGACAACGCUGACAAAGGUUGUGCGAGAAGUCCAUCAUGUAGGACCAGAUGGGCAACCUGUGGACUAUGUGGGUGUACCUUAUUCUGGAGUUGCUGUUCUUCCUACAUCUACAGCACCUAACUACCCUCACACUCAGUUCACAAAUUAUGAAAUUUUGGCCAGCCAGGAGCCAUAUCCUCCUUUGGAUCCAGCUCGGCGGUAUCCGGAACCUUAUCGCCAGAGCUAUCAAGAUUAUGAACAAUAUCCUCCACGGCCAGAGUACCCCUAUACAAACCCACCAUAUCCUGGUACCUUCCCAGCUUAUGGAGAUAGUGCCAACUAUGUGGAUCAGCCUGGCUAUGGAGAGCAGCCACCUACUCCACCUAGUCCCAGUGAGCGUAGUGAGUCACCUCCACUGCAGCAGGCAUUGCAACAUGAUUACCUUCGAAAAAACGCACCCUUCCCUCAGUCUGGAUAUGAUGAAUUGGAUUCGACACUAAUUCCUCCACGCCAGGAUCAUUACAGGAUAACACCAUCGCCAGGAGGUCCUGUUGAUCGGUAUGAUCAAGUUACACAUCCCUGGAGCAUAGAUGACUCAGGGGAACCUUCACAACUGUCACAUGGAGAGGACCCCAAACUAAUGUAUGGGUAUGCUCCCCCUUCUUCAUAUGGCACUGUUCCGGCUGCGUAUGGUAGCAAUGGUGCAGACCCCCGAACAUAUGAAGAAAAUGGUCCACCUCCAAGAGCUAUCUUUGAGGAUGAGGAGGAACUGCGUAAACAUCUUUCGAUGCAUCCUUCCAUUCCUUCUCCUUCAGUUGAUGAUGAACAAAGGGGAAUGCGGUGGCGUGACCCAAAUCUCACAGAAGUUAUUGGCUUUCUGGAUAAUCCAAAUAAUGUAAUAAAAGCAAAUGCUGCAGCAUACUUGCAACACUUGUGUUACAUGGAUGAUCCCAACAAACAGAAGACUAGAUCCCUGGGCGGAAUUCCCCCUCUGGUGAUGUUACUAAGUCAUGAAAGUCCAGAUGUCUAUCGAAAUGCAUGUGGAGCUUUGAGAAAUUUGUCAUAUGGAAGACAAAAUGAUGAAAACAAGCGGGCUAUAAAAAAUGCUGGUGGCAUUCCGUCUCUUAUAAACCUAUUACGGAAAUCUUCUGAUGGUGAAGUAAAGGAGCUUGUAACAGGAGUCUUAUGGAAUUUGUCAUCAUGUGAGGAUCUAAAGAAGUCAAUAAUUGAUGAUGGACUCUCAGUUGUUGUAAACAAUAUUAUCAUUCCACAUUCUGGUUGGGACCCAACGUCCCCUGGGGAGACAUGUUGGUCCACAAUAUUCAGGAAUGCAUCUGGUGUUUUAAGGAAUGUUAGUUCUGCAGGGGAAUAUGCAAGAAAAAAGUUAAGAGAAUGUGAAGGCUUAGUAGAUUCAUUACUCUAUGUUGUGAAGUCAGCGAUAGAAAAAUCCAACAUCGGCAACAAGAGUGUAGAGAACUGUGUUUGUGUUCUGCGUAACUUAUCCUAUAGAUGCCAAGAAGUAGAGGAUCCAAACUAUGACAAACACCCUCUUCCAGCACAAAGCAGAGUUGGAGCACAGCCUAAAGGCGACAAUUUAGGGUGCUUUGGUGCAAGUAAAAAGAAGAAAGAGACACAGCCUGUUCAGCAGAAAGAAGCAGCUAGCACCAGUCGAAGCACCACCCAAAGAACAGAACCUGUCAAAGGGAUGGAGCUUCUGUGGCAACCUGAGGUUGUACAGUCGUAUCUUUCUCUGCUGCAAAGUUGCUCGAAUCCUGAAACUUUAGAAGCAGCUGCAGGAGCCCUACAAAACCUGGCAGCCUGCUAUUGGCAACCAAGUAUUGAAAUCCGGGCAGCUGUCCGCAAAGAAAAGGGGCUUCCAAUCCUUGUUGAAUUGUUACGGAUGGAAGUGGACCGUGUUGUCUGUGCAGUGGCCACAGCCUUGAGGAAUCUAGCCAUUGAUCAGCGCAACAAAGAACUCAUUGGUAAAUAUGCUAUGAGAGAUCUGGUGCAAAAGUUGCCAUCAGGAAAUCCACAGCAUGACCAAGGCACAUCAGAUGACACAAUAGCAGCAGUUCUUGCAACUCUGAAUGAAGUAAUUAAAAAGAAUGCAGAAUUUUCAAGAUCUUUGCUGGAAGCUGGAGGUGUUGAACGUCUAAUGAACAUUACUCGGCAGCGGCAGAAAUACACGCCACGGGUUCUCAAAUUUGCUGGUCAAGUUUUGUUCACUAUGUGGCAGCAUCAGGAAUUAAGAGAAGUUUACAAAAAACAUGGUUGGAAGGAACAAGACUUUGUCACUAAAACAGUUGCAGCACGAAAUGCUGGCCCAAAUUCUCCAAAUAAUGCCAACAGCACAUUAAAUCGUCCAAUGGCUAGCCAAGGAGGUACGCGGUAUGAAGAUAGAACAAUGCAACGGUCUACCAAUAUGAACAGUGCUUCUCGGAGUCCUGGACCUUCCAUUUACCAGCGGGGUGAAGAUAUUCCUAUGGCAGACAUGUCAUAUCCAGAAGGAGGCACACAUGCCCCACCUCCAGGAGGAGUUCGAGCUUAUCCUCCAGCUCCACUAGCCAAGCCAGGUGAACCUCUCUAUGCUCAAGUAAAUCGGGAAAAGAAAAAGAACCGUCAGUAUGAGGCAGGCGCACAGCCACAAUAUGAUGGCCAGCUCCCUCCAGGUCCAGGUGACAUGUGGGGAUAUGAAGAACCAGGAAAGGGGAUGGUGAUGGACGGCCACAGGAGUACUCCAGCUGGUGGGGAUUCAUGGGUAUGAGAUCCACAGAUGCACUUUCAGGACACUCACCUUUUUCCAUAGCUGAAGUGUUGUAGCAAGUUGGAAGACAUAUUAUACCAUACCCUUAUGUCAGAUGGCUGCAAACAAAGUGCUCAGUUUAUCCAGCAGCAUUCUGUUUUAAAAUCAUUAAUGUAUAUUUUACAGUUGAUACUCAUACGAAAUAAUUGUACAUAUGUACCGGUAUAUCUGUCAUUUGAAUGACUGCAUUGCUAUGAAUCCUCCCGUUUCACCAUCAUCUAGUGUGAGGGGCAGGAGCAGUCUUGCCUGUGCUGGUGAGCGACCUGUUGUUAUCAGGUUGGUGAAAGUGCCAUCCAAAACCCCUAAUGAGUGUUUAUCUCAGGUUCAGGGUUACUACUGAUCGGAAAUGUGGAGAAAUAUGUGUAUUGGUGUUAGAAUGAGCAUUCCAUUGAUAUAUAUGUUUGUCAUUGUACUGAUACAACUACAAGAGGAACCCACCUUUGUGUUUAGUGUUUUUCCCAUGGCACUUUGGACAUGCCUACCAUUGGGAAGCUGAAGAUGGUUCAGAAUGUCCAUAAUUUACCCAUAUGGGAGACAGUGAAUUAGAUAAUAUUUGUGUAUACCUUUUAAGCAAGACACCAACAGUAGUAGUAUUCAGCUCACACAUGAUAUGUAGACACAGGUGGUCGUCUUGAAGAUUUGUCUCAAGUAUCUUACAAGCCAUCAGGAGAAACAUAUUUAGAACUGGUUGUGGCACAUUUUGGGUUUUAUCAACUUGUUUGUUUUGUCAACAGUUACAAAGAUUUGAAAUAUCACAAGUGACUGGAAUGAAUUUUGGACAGAUAUGUUGAUCCUUUAAAAUUUUAAAUCUGUACAGAUUGAAAAUAUGGUGUAAACUGGUUGAACCAAAGUGUGAGGAUUCCUUUAUAGUGUAGGUGACAGUGCUUUAGUUUCUGGAUAUAUCUUGAUGGAAAAGUCAAAAGAGGGUGGAGUUCAUACUGAUGUUAGAAUCUUCUGUAAUGUCACUUAUAUAUUCUGGCUUUCAGAUAAUAUGCUGUCAUUAAAAUAAUAUGUAAAUUAUCAUAUAUAUAUAUAUAUGUAGAUAUACUUAGAUGUACUUACAAUGUAAGUAUACCUAGAUAUACUUAGACAGAAAGUUACAUAAAAUUUUAAUACAGAUACUAUAUCAGAAAAAUUAAUCCUAUCAAAAUAUGCUAAUAUGCAAAACCUUUCGAAUACAUGUAUUUAAAAAGUCUGAAUUUUAUUUUAACUUUAUAUUAUACUUUCCUGUUGAUAUUUUAGCUUUUACUUGACUUUUCUUGCACACAGAUCUCUGCAUUGCACAAAGGAAGGUGAGUUGUGGCAUGGCUAGAAAUAGACCUACACAUUUGUCCCUGUAGCAUAACAGCCAAGCCACUGCAUUUCAAGUAUAUUCUGUGCUUCAGCAGAAUUUUACCCUUUCACAGUGUCUGAAUUGUAAUGUGUGUGUAUGGUGUAGACAUGUUUUAAUUAUGACAAAAGUCUGUUUUCAAAUAAUAUUGGGAGAUUUCCUUCUUUACUUUCAGCAUAACUUGGUUCUUCAAACACUGGAGAAAAAUUAUAUGCUACUAGGUUUUUAAUAAUUGGUUCUUGAAAAUUGACAUUAUAAUGGUGCUUGUGAAUAUAUUAUGUGUGGUUUGAAAAUGCUGCUUAUGUCAUCUGAAGUGAUUUGGUCCUUCCUUGAGCAUAAUUGUAACAUUUUCUUAUACACACAUAGAACUUUACAAGUGCCUCAAUAGAUUUUUUAUAGUAACUUAUUUCUUAUUCAAAUGUUAUUUAACUGCAAACAAACCAGGGUUUGAGAAAACAGUUUCCUCUGUUCUUAAAAUAGGUUUACAAAAGUCAUACAAACAGCACAAAUGCUGAUAUUUCUUUUUCACGCUGAAAAGAAAUAUGGCCUUUUGUUGUAUUGAAAGUUGAAUUAGUUUACUAAGAAACAAUAUGGAAAACUGAAAUCACAGAAAGUAGCUUAAAACAUUACUUUUGCUUUCAAAUUUGACAGGUUUAGAAGUUUGUGAGAGUUACUUCACUACUAUGAGAAGUAAUAUAUAAGCUGGCUUCUUAUUUUAAACUUUUGUUUUGUACUGUGUGUCAAGAUCAAACUAAAUGAAAUUCUGUUGGGACUCGAUGUAAUGUUAAAUUGUUUUGCAUAGUUUAUUCACAAGAACAAGAGUUUUAAUUAAACUUAAUGUAAAAAUGUAUACAUAACAAUCUUAUCCACAGAAUAUGUAAUUUUGUUUCUUUUUGUAUUUUUUUAUAUAUAGAAGACCUUAUUAAAGAGACACCCAUCUUCAGGCAUUCAUUUUGAGUUUGCAGUUUAACCCACUGAACAUAACUGUAAUUUGGAUAAUGGACAAGUAAGAUGAAGUGUAGCAGAUUUUGAUUGGCAGCUUUUGAAACUGAGCAUAAGUUUCAGUUACAUAUAUACAAAUGUUCAAAACUUUGCUCAUAAUUUAAUUUAUUCAUUUGUGAAAGACUAAUAUGACAAUAUAGUGAGAUUUUAUAGUGAAGUUAUAUGUUUAUGUUUAUUCUGUUUUUUUUCAAUGAAGGCAUUGGUGCUUGAGUCUUGUUUUUCUUGUGAGAAUCUUUUUUGAUGGUUGUUUUCUAUGUCAAAAUGCAUGCCUAAGAAAGGGACUCAGAUUAAAACUAUUAUUGUAGAUGAGCAGAUGUCUGUCAGAUUGAAUAUAAACAGAAGACAUACUAAUUAAAAGUUUUAUUAUAUUUGAAUAUCUUUAAUACAUUUCUAGCUUGAAUAAUAGGUUAAAAUUUCUUCAGUUAGCAUAUUUGUAUGCCUUUAUUA